CAGCUGAUGAAGUGUUGGAAAAGUUCCAUUGUGAAGCUUGAUUGAAUUGUCUGAAAAGAAAACUAGUUUUAAGAAAAUUGACGGAAUUAAAAGUGAUUGUCCAGCCUUAACUACGGCCUCACAUCGGAAUUCUAGCGAACAGGAGGUGAACGAACGCACACCGCUCAUGGAUGGCCAUGUAAAUCUUCCCACCUCAUCGUCAUCGGUUUCCGUUGGGUCUCCAUCGGACGUGGGUGUGGGUAGUAGCGGCGAGCAUUUGGAGCGCCCUCCGAAACGGCAAAACUAUGGUUCGUCCUCUAGCAAUCAUCAGGAACAUUCAGAUCAGCCAGAUGCAGCAAUUCUGGCAGUGCCCAAUGUUGUUAUUAGGAACAGAUUAAGCGGCGGAGGAGGAGGUGACGGGUCCGGAAAUCCCAAUCAGAAUGAGCUAGAGGAAGAACAAGGCUUGAAAUACGGCGCACAACAUGUCAUUAAACUUUUCGUGCCGGUUUCUUUGUGUAUGCUCGUGGUGGUGGCCACCAUCAACUCAAUUAGUUUUUAUUCUAGCACACAGGUCUAUCUCCUCUAUACGCCAUUCCAUGAGUUGUCCCCCGAACCAAGCGUGAAACUCUGGAAUGCCCUGGCCAAUUCGUUAAUCCUGAUGAGCGUCGUCGUAGUAAUGACAAUUUUAUUGAUUGUCCUGUAUAAGAAGCGCUGCUAUAGGGUUAUACAUGGAUGGCUUAUACUCUCUUCUUUCAUGCUUUUGUUUAUUUUUACCUAUUUGUAUUUAGAGGAACUGCUACGAGCAUAUAACAUUCCCAUGGACUAUCCCACUGCAUUAUUAAUAAUGUGGAACUUUGGUGUGGCCGGCAUGAUGGCUAUCCAUUGGCAGGGUCCGCUGCGUCUCCAGCAGGGCUAUCUUAUAUUUGUAGCUGCCCUGAUGGCAUUGGUGUUUAUCAAAUAUUUACCAGAAUGGACAGCUUGGGCAGUUUUGGCAGCUAUUUCCAUAUGGGAUCUCGUGGCGGUGCUCUCACCCAGAGGACCACUACGAAUAUUAGUGGAAACUGCCCAAGAACGUAAUGAGCAAAUCUUUCCCGCUUUAAUAUACUCGUCCACUGUCAUCUAUACUUACAUGGGUACCCAUUACACACCACAGCAGCAGCAGCCGACUACAUCAUCGCCGUCAUCUAGCAACUCCACAACCACAACAAGAGCCACACAAAAUUCAUUGGCCUCCCCAGAGACUGGAGCUGCAGCUCGUGGCGGUAGCAGCAGCUCAACUUCAGGUAAUCCUCCUCACCAGCAGCUACCACAACAGCAGCAUCCACAGCAACAGGCAUUACUAACCGAUGAUAAUCAAGCAUUGGCAACUGAAGGUAUGCCACUUGUGACUUUUAAAACCAAUUUGCGUGGAAACGCUGAGGCAGCAGGAUUUACACAGGAAUGGUCUGCGAAUCUUAGCGAGCGUGUGGCCCGUCGCCAGAUUGAGGUACAGAGCACACAAACUGGAAGUGGUCAGCGUUCACAUGAAUAUCGGACAGUGACAGCGCCCGAUAAUAGAUUGUCAGCAGGCGAGGGACAGGAAGAGCGCGGCAUCAAACUGGGCCUUGGAGACUUCAUUUUCUACUCGGUCUUGGUGGGGAAAGCUUCCAGCUAUGGUGAUUGGACUACAACCAUAGCUUGCUUUGUGGCUAUAUUGAUUGGUCUAUGCUUGACAUUGCUACUCUUGGCCAUUUGGCGUAAGGCUUUACCAGCCUUACCUAUUUCUAUAACAUUCGGCUUGAUUUUUUGCUUUGCCACUAGUGUGGUGGUCAAACCCUUUAUGGAGAAUCUAUCGGCCAAGCAGGUAUUCAUUUAAGGAAUAAGGCAAACAAUGUAUUUAAUCAUAAUUAAAUUAACAUAAUUAACAA